AUGUCUCAGCUUUUCGAGUCACCUUCUGGCGAAUCUUUCAUCGUUAACAGGUUUGUCGAGCGCAUAUACACAGACGAAAUCCCUGUGAUCAAGCUAAGGACGUUUGUGGUGUUUAGGCAAGAUCCUGAGCAAAGGAUCAGUUCUUACACUGAAGACAUUGGCGAUCUCUGCAUUUUCCUUGGCUGCAACGAGGCCUUCUGCGUCUCUGCAACCAAGUAUCCUGGACUUAAGCCGAAUUCCAUCUACUUUGCAAACUCUUACACAGGGUUCGGUUUCUACGACCUCUCCUCCAACACUCUCCACGAAUUCAUCAAUCCGCCCCCUUUCCCAUGUUGCUACGAUUGGUUGGCCCCUCUCCACUGA